AUGGGAUCUAUCGAGCGCCUCGCUGAGCAGUUGGAGAAGCCCGAGCUCGAUGAUCGCUCCUAUCGUGUCAUUCGCCUGCCGAACAAACUAGAGGCUCUUCUCGUACAUGAUCCCGACACAGACAAGGCUAGUGCGGCCGUCAAUGUCAAUGUCGGCAACUUUUCAGACGCAGACGACAUGCCGGGCAUGGCGCAUGCGGUAGAACAUCUGCUUUUUAUGGGAACGAUGAAGUAUCCCAAGGAGAAUGCCUACAAUCAGUACCUAGCAUCCAACUCCGGUUCCUCCAACGCCUAUACCGCAGCCACCGAGACGAACUAUUUCUUUGAGGUCGGUGCCACCACGGCUUCUACUGACGACACACCUAACGGCGCCAAUGGAACAUCGAACGGCACAGACACCCCCGCAAAGCCGAACCACCCCACGUCUCCCCUGUAUGGUGCUCUGGAUCGCUUUGCGCAGUUCUUCGUAGAGCCCCUUUUCCUCGAGUCGACCUUGGACCGCGAGCUGCAGGCAGUAGAUUCGGAAAAUAAGAAGAACCUGCAGAGCGACCUGUGGCGGUUGAUGCAAUUGAACAAGAGUUUGUCCAACCCUGCCCACCCGUACCACCAUUUCUCGACCGGGAACCUGCAGACUCUGAAAGAGGAGCCGCAAAAGCGGGGGCUGGAGGUCCGACAGGAGUUUAUCAAAUUCUACCAGGCGCACUAUUCGUCCAACAUCAUGAAAUUGGUGGUGUUGGGACGGGACUCUCUGGAUGAAAUGGAGCAGUGGGUGGGUGACUUGUUCAAGCAUGUGAAGAACCAAGAUCUUCCUCAGAACCGCUGGGACCACGUUCAACCUUGCCUACCGGAACAUCUGGGCAAACAGAUCUUCGCCAAACCAGUCAUGGAUAUGCGCUCGCUCGACUUAUACUUUCCCUUCAUGGAUGAAGAGUCGUUGUUCGAAUCCCAACCAAGCCGUUAUCUUAGCCACCUGAUCGGCCAUGAAGGUCCAGGCAGCAUCCUGGCCUACAUCAAAGCGAAGGGUUGGGCAAACGGCUUGUCCGCAGGUGUGAUGCCUGUUUGCCCGGGCUCCGCCUUCUUCACCAUCUCCGUUCGGCUGACUCCCGAGGGUCUGAAACAGUAUCGCGAGGUCACCAAGGUGGUGUUUGAGUACAUUGGUAUGAUCAAGGAGCGCGAGCCCCAGCAGUGGAUCUUCGAUGAAAUGAAGAACCUGGCUGAAGUCGAGUUCCGUUUCAAGCAAAAGUCCCCGGCCAGUCGCUUCACUAGUCGCCUGAGCAGUGUGAUGCAGAAGCCGUACCCCAGGGAAUGGCUUCUCAGCGGCAACCUCCUGCGGAAGUUCGAACCCGAGCUGGUCAAGAAGGCGCUGUCGUACCUGCGACCCGAUAACUUCAGAAUGGUGAUUGUUGCCCAGGAUUACCCCGGUGACUGGAAUUGCCGUGAGAAAUGGUACGGAACUGAGUAUAAGGUCGAAGAUAUUCCGGAAGACUUUAUGGACAGCAUCCGCAAGGCUGCGGAGACUUCUCCUGAGAGUAGACUGUCCGAGCUCCACAUCCCACACAAGAACGAGUUCGUUCCUACCAGACUCACUGUGGAGAAGAAGGAGGUGUCUGAGCCGGCCAAGACCCCCAAGCUGAUCCGUCAUGAUGACCAUGUCCGAUUGUGGUACAAGAAGGAUGACCGUUUCUGGGUCCCCAAGGCGACUGUUCAUGUCACCCUGAGGAAUCCCUUGGCGUAUGCUACCCCGGCGAACCUAGUCAAGACCAAGUUCUACUGCGAGCUGGUUCGCGACGCAUUGAACGAGUACUCCUACGACGCUGAGCUUGCGGGUCUCGACUAUUCGUUGUCUGCCAGCCUCUUCGGCCUUGAUAUCUCAGUUGGCGGAUACAAUGAUAAGAUGUCGGUUCUCCUUGAAAAGGUGCUUACCAGUAUGCGGGAUCUGGUCAUCAAACCGGAUCGUUUCAACAUUAUCAAAGAGCGUAUGACUCGGAAUUACAAGAACGCAGAGUACCAGCAACCGUUCUAUCAGGUUGGCGACUACACGCGCUACUUGACUGCCGAACGGACGUGGCUCAACGAGCAGUAUGCCGCUGAGCUGGUACACAUCGAGGCAGAGGACGUUUCAUGCUUCUUCCCUCAACUUCUCCGCCAGAAUCACAUCGAAGUCCUGGCCCACGGUAACUUGUACAAGGAGGAUGCGCUGCGCAUGACCGAUUUGGUGGAGUCGACUCUUCAGAGCCGUGCGCUGCCCGAAUCCCAGUGGCACGUUAGACGCAACAUGAUCCUUCCCCCGGGCGCCAACUAUGUCUACGAGCGUGCCCUGAAGGAUCCCGCCAACGUCAACCACUGCAUUGAAUACUACUUGUUCGUUGGAAAGCUUGACGACGAUGCUCUGCGGGCCAAGCUGCUGCUGUUUGCUCAGAUGACGGAUGAGCCUGCCUUUGACCAACUGCGGAGCAAGGAGCAGCUUGGUUAUGUCGUAUGGAGUGGCGCCCGCUACUCUGCGACGACCAUGGGUUACCGUGUGAUCAUUCAGAGUGAGCGCAAUGCUGCUUAUCUCGAGUCUCGCAUCGACGCUUUCCUGACCGGUUUCGGGAAGAGUCUGGCGAAUAUGUCAGAGCAAGAGUUUGAGAGCCACAAGCGCAGUGUUAUCAACAAGCGGCUGGAGAAGCUUAAGAACUUGAGCUCUGAGACCAAUCGGUUCUGGUCCCAUAUCGGCUCGGAAUACUUCGACUUCGUGCAGAACGAAAGUGAUGCUGCGAAUGUCCGGACGUUGACCAAGGCCGACCUCAUCCAGUUCUACCAGCAAUUCGUCUACCCCAAGUCCGCGACUCGGGCUAAGCUGGCGAUUCACCUCAAAGCCCAGGCCGGUGCCCAUGCGCACGCCACCAAGCCUGAGGAGCAGAAGGCCCAGGUCGUUUCGUUCCUCGGCAAGCAGUUGGAGGCGGCUGGCUUCGCUGUUGACCAGGAACGUCUGAGCACUGCUUUUGCGACCGUCGACGUGUCGGGCGGCGACGAGGCUCAAAUUCUGGCCACUCUGAAGGCGUUCCUCGAAUCUGGCAUGAGUCUCUCCGAGCAGCAGACCAAGCCCGUCAUCGCGCAGAUCGAAAGCAGCCUGGGCUUGCAAUUGAAGCAAGCGGGCAUCGAGGCUAAGAAGAGUGAUGGAACAGUCCAGCCAAAUGGCACGAACGGUGACCUCCAGCAGUCUACCUACAUCAACAAUGUCCCCGAGUUCAAGGCUCGUCUGGCCGUCAGUGCUGGACCCAGCCCGGUAACCGAUCUGAGCGAAUUCGAAGACUUUGACGCCAAGCUUUAG